AUGACAACAGUGUGUAUAGUGGCUUUUUUCAGUUUCCUCAGAUGUGCGGAAUUUACAUGCAAAGCAGCCUUCGACCCUCACGUUAAUCUGUGCGUAAGCAACCUACGAUUCUACGAUGACCACGUCGUUCUCUUCUUUAAACAAUCCAAGAAUGACAUGUUCCGAAAAGGAUUAGGGAUCAAGUUGUUUAAAAAUAAUUCUGUAUUAUGUCCAUUUCAACAACUAAAGAACUACUUAUCUACAAGAAAUGCCAUUUUUGAUCCCAAAAUGCACUUCCCCCUCUUCAUCAUGGAAAAUAGAAGUGCCCUUAGUCGGUGUAAUUUUUUGACUAUGUUAAGGGAUCUACUGAAGCGUUCAAACCACGGUGACAGCUACAUCACUGGACAUUCUUUCCGAAUUGGUGCUGCUACACCUGCAGCAGAAGCCCCCAUCGAAGACCACCUUAUCAAAUCACUAGGAAGGUGGACCUCCGAUUCAUAUACGAGAUAUAUCAAAACCCCAGACUCAGCCAUUAAACACGCGCAACAGUCCAUGCUCAUCACCAGUUGA